GAAAAACAUUCAUAUUGGCCCGAGAGAAAUUCGGAAGGAAGUGUCAGCACUGCAAGGGACUUCCUCCUUCCUCCCUGCCUCCCCCCCUCCACCCCCUCCACCCCGUCAAGGACCCUCGGAUUGUUCUUUCGGCGGUCGCAUAGCGCGUCUUUCAACAAUUAUUGCCACGAGUAACGCUCGCGCCGCCUCUGAGGAACUGCAUUUAGCCGAGUCUUACAAUUUGUAACCCUGCGUUUGUCCCCACGAAGGCGGCACCGCAGCACGAAGGGCAGUUCACGAUGCCUGUCACGUACGUUGAGGUUAAAAGGGAAGACUGUCAAAAAUAUGCCAACUGUGAACAAGCGGCUCAUUGCAUGGUAUACUCUCGACUCCCUGAUAUGAAGUUUUUGGAAACAUAUGAACUAAAGGCAGCAGUGCUGAUGCAGAUGAGAUUUGAUGGCCAUGUCGGCUUUCCUGGGGGACUAAUUGAGGACGGAGAAGAGCCAAUACAUGGUCUCAUCAGAGAGAUGGACGAAGAAAUUAAUUUCCUCCCUCAAAAGGAUGAGGUAAAUGAAAUAAGCCAUGUUGGUUCAUAUUGGAAUUCAUCUGAGAAAAUACUGCUCCAUUUCUAUGCUUUGGAAGUGUCUCAAAGCAGAAUCAGAGAGAUUGAACGGAAAGCCCUUGAGGCUCAUGACUAUGGUGGGGAAGUGAUGGGCACAUUCCGGGUGCCGCUGUACACAAUGCAUGAUGGUGUCAGAGGGUUCCCCACAUUCCUAAAAAAUUCUUUUAUUGGUAACGCUUGUCAAGAAUUGAAAGCUGGACUUUUGCAUGCUGCAAUACUGAGCAAAGAGGAAAUUGGAGCAGCUGAAGCUGUUGUGAUUUCUAGCUCAAAGCUUUCAUGAGUGUGUCUGUGAUAUGGCAUACGAGAUUAGCGGUUGCUAGUUCUCAUCGUGAUAGUGAUUCUGUGAUUCAAAUUUGUUUAUUUCCAGUUUACAAAAUGACUUAAUAUUCCAAUAAAAAACAAUGGAUUUA